AUGGUUUCAGAAUGUCAAGAAGGUUGGACCCAGUUUGGAUCUCGCUGCUUCAGGAUCUUCGAACAACCGGCCACCUGGGCUGCUGCUGAGCAAAACUGUGUAAACACGGGAGGGCAUCUUGCAUCAGUGCACAGUAACGAAGAGCACAGUUUUAUCCAGGGUUUAGUCCUGAGUACUACUAAAUCAAACACACAAACAUUGUUAGGUGCCAGUGAUGCAGCACAGGAGGGAGUAUGGGUGUGGACUGAUGGGUCAGCUUUCGAUUACAGUCAAUGGGGAAGUGGAGAGCCAAAUAAUUUUCAAAUGGAAAAUUGUUUGACCAUGAAUUAUUUCCCAGGAACACAAAAUUGGAAUAAUGUGCCUUGUAGUUUCUCAUAUGCAUCAGCAUGUGCAAAAGCAUCCUCCCCCAGCACCGUUCCCUCCAAUACUGUAGCAUACACAACCUUCAGCCCUACUCCACAAGAUGUGCUGGGCUUGCAGGUCAGACUUACUUCAACAAGAAAUGUAACAGCAUCUAAUGAAUUAGAUCAGCUGCUCAAAGAGGUUAAAAGGAUUCUGAUCUUGAAUGGUGUGCCCGACAAAUUUACACUUCGUGUGAGGCAGAUUCACAAGAAAUCCCCCUAA